UACCUACUUGUUGGACGAUUGGGGAAAAUGGCUGCUCCCGGAUGCAUGCAAGAUUUCUUGCGUAAACAUGUGAAUGAUGACUACGAACCAAGCUAAGUACAUGCAUGUCGAACGAACAUACCAUACGGUGCUCGUCGCUCCUUGACUUUCUUCACAGCCCGGGUACAGUUCUCUCUGCCCCGCCGUGACGUCCCUGGCCCUCCGAUCUAAUUCAUAAUCUGGCGGCGCGCGCAGCAGUGACCUCAGUCCAGCGCAGGGCCAACAACAGGGUGUCCUAGCAAGAGAGAGUGUGACAUUAUGACCACACCGCGUUGCUUCAUCGUCCGCCAUGGCGAGACCGAAUGGUCACUCUCGGGCAAGCACACGGGCACAAGUGACAUUCCGCUCACCAAGAACGGCGAGAAACGAGUGCGGGCGACGGGACGAGCACUGAUCGGGGAUGAUAGGUUGAUCGUGCCUAAACAGUUGGUACAUAUCUACGUUUCCCCACGACACCGCGCCCAACGCACCCUCGAGCUCCUCAACCUGGGCUUCCCCGAGCCCUACCCGUGGCAGACAGACAAGGUCAGCACACAAGGCGAUCCGCCACGCAAGACGACCGCCAGAGUAACAAUCGACCCGCGGAUCGCGGAGUGGGACUACGGCGACUACGAGGGCAUUACGAGCGCCGAAAUAAAAAAUAUGCGUGAGGAGAAGGGUUUGGGAAAAUGGGAUAUCUGGCGCGAUGGGUGUCCCGGUGGCGAGAGUCCCGAGGAUGUGAUCAAGCGGUUGGACAGUUUGAUCAAAGAUAUCCGCGACAACUAUCACGCCUCUAUCAUUGGAAAGCCCAAGGACCCUGAUUGCACAGGGGAUGUUAUGGUCGUGGCCCACGGGCAUAUACUCAGGGCUUUUGCCAUUCGGUGGAUCGGACGACCCUUGACCGAGACGUCGUUUAUCAUGGAGGCCGGUGGUGUGGGAACUUUGAGUUAUGAACAUCACAGUAUCCAUGAGCCUGCCAUCCUGUUGGGCGGUGGAUUCGUGGUCGGCGAGGAUAAAGAAGAAAUUGAACGGGAAGAACAAAAGGAGAAGAAAGAGUCACAGGGCCACUCAUGAUAUGUGUUGCUACUCUGACAGAUAGCUAUGCUUGCAGCCAGAGCAAGACUAGCUGGAUAA